CGGGUUCGAGUCUCCUUUCGUCGUCCACCGAAAACCUAAGUGCUGCCGCGUCGCGGAACGACCCUGAACGUCGGCGCGCGGAGGGAAAAAAAAAAAAAUAUUUUUUCUCGUUUAUUUAUUUAUUUAUUUUUAAGGGUGUGGUUUGAAAAUUAUUAUUUUUUUUUCUCUUUCUCUCGUUUCAUUCGUGGUGGUGGUCGGUGUGAAUUAUAAUUUUAAUAAUAUAUAUUCUUUUGUUUCCCUUCGUUUUGAGGUGUUGUUGAUGUGGCGGCGUCGUCGUUCUACGGCCGUUUCGUCACCGGAGCCAACCUGGAGGAGAGAGGGGAGCGGAAGGGGGCCAGCACCCCUGUCGACAACAACAUGAACGUCCACGACGGCCCGCACCUCGUUGAAGGGCUCGCGCACGCACGGACCUCCAAACUGUUGCCCCGCGUCGAGGAGAUAUUGGAGCACCCGGGCCUCAGGGGCACGCCCCUCGCCAUGUUGGCGGCGCAGUGCAACAAGCUGUCCAGCAAGUCGCCGCCGCCGCUGGCCGACGCCGCCGUGGGCAAGGGCUUCCACCCCUGGAAGAAGAGCCCUCAGGGGGCGGCGACCAGCUCUCCGUCCGGCCUGCCGCAGCGCUCCGCCGCCUCCAGCGUCGCCAACUCCAGCUACUCCAGCCGGCCCGUGGUGGCCACGGCGUGCGGCGCGGCGGCCUCCUACGGCGGCGGCGACCUCUACUUCCCCGGCGGCGGCGGGGGCGGCGGCGGGGGCGGCGAGGCCUCGCUGCUCGGCAAGGUGGAGCCCGGCCUGGGCCCCGUGUACUCGCGCCACCCCUACGAGUCGUGGCCCUUCAACGCGCACCACUCGGCCGUGAAGCCGGGCGACCCGGCGGCGGCGGCGGCGGCGGCGGGCGCCUGGUGGGACGUGCACUCGGCGGCGGCGGCGACGGGCGGCUGGCUCGACAUGAGCGGCGCCGGCAUGCACGCGCAGAUGGCCGCCGCCAACUACGCCGCCACCGAGUACUCGUCCUUGAGCCACCAGCUGGCCGCGUCCAACACCGCGGCGCACCACCUGCUGUCCUCGGGCCAGCACCUGCUGCAGGACACGUACAAGUCCAUGCUGCCGGGCUCGCAGUCGUUCGGGCUGGCGCACCACCACCACCACCACGCCGCGGCGCCGCCCCCGGCGGCGGCGGCGGCGGCGUCUCUGCCGCCCCAGGUGCCGUCGCCGCGCUCGCAGCGGCGCUACACGGGCCGCGCCACCUGCGACUGCCCCAACUGCCAGGAGGCGGAGCGGCUGGGCCCGGCGGGAGUACACCUCCGCAAGAAGAACAUCCACAGCUGCCACAUCCCCGGCUGCGGCAAGGUGUACGGCAAGACGUCGCACCUCAAGGCGCACCUCCGUUGGCACACGGGCGAGCGGCCGUUCGUCUGCAACUGGCUGUUCUGCGGCAAGCGGUUCACCCGGUCGGACGAACUGCAGCGCCACCUGCGUACCCACACGGGGGAGAAGCGCUUCGCGUGCCCCGUCUGCAACAAGCGCUUCAUGCGCAGCGACCACCUGGCCAAGCACGUCAAGACGCACAACGGCAACGGCAGCAAGAAGGGCAGCUCCGAGUCGUGCAGCGACUCGGACGACGGGGGCAGCCAGCCCGGCGUGAGCUCGCCGGCGUCCGUGGGGCACACGCCGCCGCCGCAGGGGCUGGACGAGGCCAAGCCGCCGCCGGGGGGCGUGGUCUGAGCCCGGUGGGGUCCCGCGCUCUUCUACCACCCCCCGCAGUACCACCACUGAGCGCGCCCCAGGGACCCCACCCCGUGCCAUGCCGU